AUGAUCGCCGGGUUCUUCGUCUGCCUCUUCUCUGGCCAUAUUUACAUCAUUGGGAUCGUCACAGCGAUUCAGAUCAUCUCCUUUAAAGAAGUCAUCGCCAUUGCCAGUGUACCGAGUAGAGCGAAGAACCUCCCAUUCACACGAAGCCUGAACUGGUACUUUCUUGGGACGGCAAUAUUUCAAUUCACUCAGUUCGCUUGGACACACAUGGCGCUAUACUUGAUUGUUGUUCAAGCACACUUUGUCAUGAACAACAUCUUUGAGGGGCUCAUCUGGUUCUUCCUGCCGGCAACCCUGGUCAUCGUGAACGACAUCUUCGCGUAUAUAUGUGGCAUGCUCUUCGGGAGGACUCAGCUUAUCAAGCUAUCGCCGAAGAAGACUGUCGAAGGCUUUGUUGGUGCAUGGAUAUGCACCGUCAUCGCAGCAUUCGGCCUUACAACUCUCCUUAUACGAUCAAAGUACUUUAUUUGCCCAGUCAACGACCUUGGUGCCAACAUUUUGACAGGCCUCAAUUGCACACCCAACCCCGUCUUCAUACCCCACACCUACCAACUACCCUCCGUCCUCACUAGUAACUUAUUUUGGAACAAGGCUAGCCUCCCAAAUGACAUACUCAUCGCUCCCAUCCACUUCCACAUCCAGGUUUUUGCAGCCUUCGCCUCGCUCAUCGCCCCCUUCGGUGGCUUCUUCGCCUCCGGGCUCAAACGCACCUUCAAGGUCAAGGAUUUUGGCGAGUCUAUACCUGGUCAUGGCGGUAUCACCGACCGUAUGGACUGCCAGUUCAUCAUGGGCAUGUUCACUUUCAUGUAUUUCCAAAGUUUCAUUGCUGUAUAUAGGGCGACCCCUGGUGCCGUCAUUGAGAUGGCGGUGCAGGGUCUUGAAGAGGAGCAGAUUGUUGAGGUUGUGAGAGGCCUAUCGAAAUAUCUGGCUGGUCAGGGUGUGGUUGGGGAUGGUGUGGUAGAAUGUUUAAACAGGGCCUUGCCGGCAAGGCGAUAA